UCCCUCAAAGCCACAACAAACCACGCCCCCUACAAACCACGCCCCCUACAAACCACGCCCCUUAAAGGCGGCAUAAACAAUCGAAGAUUACUAAACGCAGAGGAAGCGGAAGAAAAAGGUGGCAUAAACAAUCGAAGAUUAUAGACGCGAUGUCAAUGCCCGUUCAGACAAACAACACAACAUUUCAGGAUGGCACUUGCCCGGAGCUCGUUAAAUUGGGAGUGGACACUUUUCAGUGUCCAAUGUGCCAAAAGGUUGGGCCAUACCAUGCACUUGUUCCACAUUUACAAGGCCACCAGAUUUCUGUGGUUAAAUAUGGAGGAUCAGCUGUGAGGCCAGCAGAGCCACUGCAUCCUUCACCUACACCGGCAGGAUCAGCUGUGAGGCCAGCAGAGCCACUGCAUCCUUCACCUACACGGGCAGGAUCAGCAGUGAGGCCAGCAGAGCCACUGCAUCCUUCACCUACACGGGCAGGAUCAGCUGUGAGGCCAGCAGAGCCACUGCAUCCUUCACCUACACCGGCAGGAUCAGCAGUGAGGCCAGCAGAGCCACUGCAUCCUUCACCUACACGGGCAGGAUCAGCAGUGAGGCCAGCAGAGCCACUGCAUCCUUCACCUACACGGGCAGGAUCAGCAGUGAGGCCAGCAGAGCCACUGCAUCCUUCACCUACACCGGCAGGAUCAGCUGUGACACUAGCACCGACAGCAAGUCCACCACUGAUUACAGUGGCAACAAAGGGUAUGAGAACUAGUCCACAGAAGAUGACAGGCCCCAAAAUUCUGAUGUCAAGGCGCAGAAACACAACAUGUUGUUUUUGCAACUUGAUAUUGCUGAAGAAAAACCUUAAAGCACAUAUUCAGAGACAACACACACCAAAAACACGAGAUAUCACAGCCAAUCACCAUCUACAGUCUGUGUGUAUUGAGAGAAAAAGAGGAAUUUUUGCUGUUUUAAUGAGAUUCAAUGGUCCAGCCCACUACAUUCAUGUCAAGAAGUGUACCUGGGGUGAGAAGCCUCAGAUUACCUGCCAACUGGACACAUGCAACAGGUUAUACGAUUAUGCACGCAGAAGUGGGCAAGUAGGUUUUGACUGCCAACAUAUUCAGUCAUUGGUGUAUGGUCCUGUGGACUCUAAUUUACCAGUUGUCCUUGAUGAAGAGAUUCUAACAGAUAUGCUAAUCAACAAAUGGUUCAGCAAGAACACAGAGAGAGAGUGUUUAAGUAGGAAGCUGGCUGCUGAUGCGGAAGGUGCUCCAUUGAGCUUUGAAGUAAAUCUCAGGAAAGAACAAAAGCAGUACUUUUUUUCUGUUUUUGAACCACACAUCUCCUCAUAUUGUAGAUUUGGAAGGCUCAUGGUCCACUACAAUGGUAUCAAAAAUACAUGGCAUUGUCCUUGCACAAAGGCUCGAAAAUCCUGCCCACACAAAGCCAUAGCCAAGUGGCACCUACACCAGCUAGAACCUGCGAUUUUCACAAAACCGGAAAGCUGUCAUGAGGACCCUCCUGAGACAUUUUCAGUUGAGCCACACCCUACAGUUAACACACAAACGGGUAACAUUUCCCUGUAUCCUCCAGAGGGGGAAGCACUGGAAACAGAAACCUGA